AUGGCCACUUCUCAAUCAACACCAACAAUAAUCCCCUACAACAUCAAACCGACCCCGCUAGUCCCUAACUCCCCGAAACCCCUCCUCCUUUACAAGAACUGCUUCCUCCGCAACGGCAACGUCGACAUCACCCUCGCCUACGACACAUUCACCAAGAACGGCUGGGACGUGCAAUGGGUCACCACCUACGGCAACACUCAGCGGUCGCGCUACCAUCCGGCCACGCACGAGGUUAUGGUCGUCCUCUCAGGCCCGGGAACGAUCAGAUGGGGUACCACGGAUCUCACAGAUGAUCCCCAGAAGCAUACCUACGGGACUCCGGGGACGCAUUUUGAAGACGGGAGUGUGUUCUUAGAGGUUGAGGCAGGGGAUUUGUUUGUUAUCCCGGCUGGAGUGACGCAUAAAUCUUUUGAUCGCAGAGCCAAGGAUCUUGAUCCGACGUGUUGA